UGUUGAGCAAUCCGAAGCAAGCCAAGCAAAAUCCAGCUCCAUGUUUUUUUGUCUCUCAGUGACAGCUGCAACCUAAUGAGCAGUUUACAAACACCUUUUCCUCCGGCGGUUAAAGAAAGGGACAGUCGUUUUCAAUGAGUAUAGGGCCAAUCGCCCUCGCGGGACAUCACCUACUGCUAAGUUUUCGAAAUCGCUCAUGCUGCGUGGCAAACGGCUGCAUCGACCUGUUUGUGCGUCAACCGCUCUCCCGCCGUACCACCAGCAGCAACGCUCGCGCCGGCAGCAGCAGCAUGUCGCGCGACAUGCACCCGAGCUGCCCACCGAUGACAGCCAUCGUUGUCUCAAAAAAGAACCUGCCGUCUUUCUCCGAAAAGAGAACCGUACCGCCGCACACCGACGCCCUCGGCGUUAGCACGCAGGCACGGGCUACGGGCGAAAACCCUGCCGGCAGGCCUUCGAGUACCGCCGUUGAGUCCGCUCUCCGCUCUGCUCUCGGCAUAGGCCAUUCCGAGACCGUUGGCCCGAGCCCUGCUGCGACAGUUCCUCAGCCCGUGCAACCGUUACCGGAGGGCAAGGGUGGUGGCAACGUUUCCUCCCAGGACCCCGCCAUACUCGACUGGAGCUUGUGUAACCCCGCCUUGGACGAGACCGUCGUCGAGACCCAACCUGAAACGAAGACUACUUCAACGCGUAUAUUGCGCUUGCUGCACGUUGACGGUGAUAAGAAGGAAGGAGACUCUUCGAGCGAGGCAGACGGAGCCGAAAAUUCGCCGGUGGACAUCACGUCGUCCCCUCCGCGCGCAGCGAUGGAAGACGAUCUUGGUCCAAAGACUGCCGCGACCCAAACCAGCAGUACUGAGCCGUCGUCGAUGCCCGGUAAGCAAGUCGGUGACGACGCUGGCAAAGCGGCGGCCGAUGCGGCGUCUACGCCUGUCAAACGGUCUACGCGAACGCGCUUGCCAAAGCUAAACGCAACCGCCGUACUACGGGAACGGAGCGUCUCUGACGACGGCUCUAGUUCAAACGAGAGCUGCGUGGCCGUUGUCGACGAACCUGCCGGGGAAACCGAGGUUGCUGCAGGGUCUGGGUGGAUUUUCGAGCUACCCGGUUUACUUUCCUCAGCUGACACCGAGAAUGAUGACGACGACGACCCUGUCUACAGCCUCAAACCACUGUUUGCAGGCAAAUUUGGGUCGGCGUCGUCAUCUAAGAAGUCAAAGAGCACAAAAUCUGCAAAGAGUUCUCGGCCGAACUACUUUGUGGCAAUUCAAGUGGAUAACAUAAACGUCCACAGAAAGGCGAAAAGGGUCCAGGACCACCUGCGGAUUCAGGAACCAAAUGUUGAACAACUGCUCGUGGAAAUAGCUACGUUGCAUAUCACCCUCCUUGUGCUUCGGGUGAACGAUGGCGACGACUCACUACAGCGAGCCAAGGACUCGCUGAGUCGCAGCCACGAGGCGGUCACGGAUGACCUUGAAGCCACUCCCCUUGUGCUACAUUUUGAGGGAUUGGACCACUUCAGGAACGAAGUCCUGUACGUGAAGACCAUCGGAGAAGACUCGGUGUCUCGGCUCAAGGCUCUCGCACAAGUCUGCCGCGAAGAAUUUAAAAAGGCGAACCUGGACUUGACGGAAGGCACAGAGUUUAUGCCUCACCUGACGUUGGCAAAAAUCAGCAGGACAAGCAGCCGAAGAAACGAGAUAAAGAAGAUUAAAGAAGAAUGGUACACAACGUUCAAAGAUGAGCCAUUUGGAAUGCAACAAGUAAAGAGCCUCCAGCUGCUGAGUAUUUCAAAGCCGAAAGAUGAACGAGGCUACUAUUACUGUAGUCUGGAGCACAUGUUUGGCAACUUUUUAAGAGACCAAACCGACGACGACCACAGUGAAUGCUGCACACCAGUAUCGUCGAAAUCUGCAUCGGGCAGGAUCGAGCAAAAGUUACUUAAAUUAAACGAUGCAAAGCAGGAAGUGAAGCGAAAGAUAUCGACAUUGACGAAAGCAAAACUACAGGAACUCUCGAAAGCAAAGCAGGAGUUCGCUGAAGAAAAGAGCAGUUCAGAAGAUUCUGAAGAAGAAACCUCUACAUAAUAGGCUUUAGAAUGUACGUGGAAGUGAAACAUUCGCCUUUUUUUUAUAGUGGUAUGUCAUUGAUGAGACAGAACUGCCGUGGCGCAGGGCUUCCUCCAGAAACAAAGCUUGUGGCAAUGCAAAGACAUGUGCUAUGAAAAGAGAAAUUUUUUUUUUAUGCAUGACAUGCUAUAAGCACCAUCAACCAGUAGAUUUCAAUGAAGAGUUCGAAUAAUUUUAAUAAAUUGAUUUGUUAAUUUAUUGUUGCUAAUUAUCAUCGCAUGUCUGUGUUCUGUGAAACUAAGCCUAAACCUUCCCUUGCUCUCACUGUAUAAAAAAAAAGCCUGGCCACUGUCUUCUUUCUUUGAAACCUGUCAUCUCAAUCAAGAAUUCAAAUGGGAAGUUCUUUCACGGCCAUUUUAUACCUCAUCUCACGCAUACUGUCGAUACAAAGUUGGUGAUUCCUUCUCUAAGACUAACAUGUAUUUUGUUUUUUACUCAUUUUCCCCUUAUCCAAGUGAAGAUUGGAACAUUUUGUCCACCUCCAUAAUAUCAGUAAACCAACUCGACAUACUUGAAAUUGUACUUCAAGAACAUAUGCUCUUUUAUAUGUUUAUGUCUCCCCACAUACUAUUUAGAGUUGCACUUGAAUGUAUUGUACAGUAUCUUUUUAUUCAUGCAUUUCUACCAUACUUCCUGUUACGUCGUUUUGUACGUGUUUGCCCCACUCCCUAUCUGUAUUGCUUCAUGGGCCUUGAAGGUAUUUCAAAUAAUAAAUCAAUAAAUAGUA